CCCACUAGGACCCCUACUUUUAGAUUCUUUUUGCUCUUUAUUUAUAUACAUAAAUAUACCUAUUCAAGCUUGUUAUUUCUACUCUUCUUUACUCCUCCAUUGCACAUCAACUUCUAGCUAUUCUAAUGGCAGAUGAACUAUCGAGCACAUCAGAUAAUACCUUCCUCGUCUCAGCUGAGACAACCACCGAAGAAACCUCUAAACUUGAAUUUUCAGAAGAGGAGGAAAUGCUCAUUGCUAAAAUGUUUAACUUGGUUGGAAAAAGGUGGUCAUUAAUUGCUGGAAGAAUCCCAGGAAGAACUCCUGAAGAAAUUGAGAAGUACUGGAACUCGAGAUACGUAAAUCACAAGCCAGAAAAACGCUUGAAAAUUUCCUCCUCCAUUAAUGAAGAAAGACGAAAGCUUGAAACAACCUCUCAGACAGCAGUUGACGCAGGCGAGGAUUUCGUUAA